UGACUGGAGGGGACAUGCUGGCCGGGCACUAGCAGUCAGGCUGUGCUGCCGCUCCGCCGCCGCAUUGUUACCGGGACCCGCAGCAGCAGCAGCAGCAGCAUGCCCGGGAAAGCCGCCUGCUCCGGAGCCGCCAUGCAGAGGUCGUGCCGAGAUAUGGAGGAGCUGAUCGUGGAGCUGCGCUUGUUCCUGCAGCUGCUGGACCACGAAUAUCUCACCACAACGGUUAAAGAGAAAAAGACCGUCAUAAGCAACAUUCUGCAGAGGAUACAGUCAUCCAAAGAAUUCGAGCUGAAGAACCAUGUGCACAGAGCGGAGACAUCAAGCAAUGUACCUGCCCCUCCUCAAAUGCCUCUCCCAGAAAUCCCCCAGCAGUGGCUGCCUCCAGACAACGGACCCCCGCCUUUGCCAACAUCAUCGCUUCCAGAAGGGUAUUAUGAAGAAGCUGUGCCUCUAAGCCCUGGUAAAGCCCCUGAGUACAUAACUUCCAAUUAUGACUCUGAUGCGAUGAGCAGCUCAUAUGAGUCUUACGAUGAAGAAGAUGAAGAUGGGAAAGGACAGAAAAAGAGACUACAGUGGCCGUCUGAAGAAGCCUCCAUGGACCUUGUCAAAGAUGCCAAGAUCUGUGCAUUCCUCCUGCGGAAGAAAAGAUUUGGGCAGUGGACUAAACUUUUAUGUGUCGUUAAGGAAAAUAAAUUAAUGUGCUACAAAUCUUCCAAGGAUCAGCAACCUCAGAUGGAGUUACCCUUGAACGGCUGCUCAGUCUCCUAUGUCCCGAAAGAUGGGAAGAAGAAGAAGCAUGAACUGAAGAUUAUUCACCAGGGGACAGAUGCUCUGGUUCUCGCCGUCCAAAGUGAGGAACAGGCCGAACAGUGGCUGAAGGUAAUAAAAGAAGUAUGUGGGACCGUGGACUCGGAUGGACCCUCUUCGAGUUCUCCUGUGCCAAAAACAGAAAUAGAAAAGAAAUCGUCGGAGAGGCCGAGCUCAGACGGGGAGUGCAAUGUGGAGAAUAGCACAGCAGUUGUCAAUGGCAAGGACCCUGGGAAACGAAAGAAAAGUGGCACAAAAGCUGAGCCGAAAGGUACAGUAACCAAAGUAACGGGAAAGAAAAUAACAAAAAUAAUUGGUCUGGGGAAGAAGAAACCAAGUACGGAUGAGCAGACCUCAUCGGCAGAAGAAGACGUUCCAACGUGUGGCUACCUAAAUGUCCUAAGCAACAACCGGUGGAGGGAGCGGUGGUGCCGGGUCAAAGACCAUAAACUCAUCUUCCAUAAAGACAGGACCGAUCUUAAGACGCACAUAGUCUCCAUACCUCUGAGAGGAUGUGAAGUCAUCCCAGGCCUGGACUCCAAGCAUCCCCUAACGUUCCGUCUUCUCCGUAAUGGCCAGGAGGUGGCCGUGCUAGAGGCCUCAUCUUCAGAAAACAUGGGCAGGUGGAUCGGCAUCUUACUGGCAGAAACGGGUUCCUCUACAGAUCCCGGAGCGCUGCACUAUGACUACAUCGAUGUGGACACCACCGCCAAUGUCAUCCAGACAGCUAAGCAGUCUUUCUGUUUCAUGAACAGAAGAGUCAUCUCCACUAACCCCUACCGUGAAGCCCCCACAAACGGCUAUUCAUGCCCCAGCGGAGUGGCUCUUCACUACGACGAUGUCCCCUGCAUCAAUGGAUUGCUCAGGAGCAAGAAGCCUCCUACAGCAUCUAAUGGGAUUGCAUCAAAAUCCAGACUGGCCACCAACCAGCAAAGGAAGCCGGUUCCAGUCAGCACAGUAAAGCGCAAUGCCUCCAAUGCUGAGCAGUAUAAAUACGGCAAGAACCGGGUGGAGGCCGAUGCGAAGAAAUUACAGCAGAAAGAGGAGGAACUACUGAAGAAGAAAGAAGCUCUGAGGAACAGACUGGCCCAGCUCCGCAAGGAGAAGCGGGAUACUAAAGCCGCAAUUGAAGCUAAUGCAGGGAGGAAAUCUCAGGCAAUGCUGGAGGACAAGUUUAAGAAGCUGGAAGACGAAUGUAAACUAAAGGAGGCCGAGCGGGUCAAUCUAGAGCUGGAGCUGACAGAGGUGAAAGAGAACCUGAAGAAGGCCAUGGCAGGUGGAAUCACUCUCGGUCUCGCUAUAGAACCCAAGACUGGGACAUCAAGGCCACAGUCUCCAGUUCUCCGCCAUCGGACUGUGGAGAACUCUCCCAUCUCCAGCUGUGACACCAGUGAUGCAGAAUGCUCUCUACCAGUUAACAGUGCUGCGGUAUUAAAGAGGCAGCCACCUGCAAAUAACUCCCCAGUACGAGGCCAUGUGCUAAGGAAGGCAAAGGAGUGGGAGCAGAAAAACGGCACAUAAGCCGCGCCACUUCAUCCUGUGACCUGUAUUCCAGCCUUAAAUAGCACGGACCAAGAGACAGAACUACGCAGUAUUUUUAUACCAGGGUGCAAGAGUACAUAGGUUUUGUAUGAAGUUCUCCCAACACGGCAGAGCAGCUGUGAAGGGCUUUGUCUCCGAGGACCCAUUCCUCUGUCAUGUGGAGAGCGAUUGAACGGCCUCGGUUUUCAUUGCUGGGCAGCUGACUGGCUCGCCGACAGACCAGGAUAAGCUGGUCGCGUCUCCAGUAUCUUGUUUUAUAUGCACAUAGUACGCCUUCAAUCACAUUCCAGUGUUUCUCGUCUAUUGCUCUCGUCUGCCCCCUGCUGUCUCACCUGAUGAAUUGCAUGUUAAGUUCUUUCCGGAUGAUUCAACGGUCAUGACCCUGCACCUUCCACUUUUUUGAUUGCACAAGUUUAUUGGCACAUUGGUCACUUACUUUUUCUGUCUGCACAAUGGAGUUCUUCGUCAUCAAUUAAUAUUGCCCCCCUCUUAAAUUCCCUGUGUCCAGAUACCUACUGGAUUAUUGGUCUUAAAGGGGUUGUCCAGGAGUACAGGGGGGGGGAAUGGUUGCUUUUUUUCCCAGAAAUAGUGCCAGUAGGUAGCAUGUUUUUCUAAUCCUGGAUAAAUGCUGUAAGUCAAUGGCAGAUAAUGAUUUGGUCAUUGCAAGUCAGAAGUCCUAAAUGAUUGGCAUUACACUGCUAGCGAAUAGGAAAAGGCACCCGACCGUAGUUCGAUCCCCCCCCCUGGUUCCCCAUUAUGGAAGAUCUUGAUGCUACCUUCGAUUAUGAGGUGAUUUGGGACCUUAAUCUUUACGUGAUCAACCUGAAUAUAAUGGUAACACAUCUACCUCCACAAUAUAAAGGAUAUGUAAACCUUGCAAACUUUUUUAUAUUGCUCCGUAACUAUAGGGACACAUAGGUCUGCAUCGGAGCUGCAUACAAAGAAGAAGGUUUACUUUUAAUGAGUAUUAUUUGCAAAGGUUGGUUCAAUCUUUUAUUUUAGAUGCUUUGGAGCAAUGCAAAAAUGUGCACAGCUGUGUAUACGGCCACUACACGUCCUCGUGGCUGAUAUCCGCACCUAGGGUUGCACUCAGCCACACAGAUACUAUACAUUUUCCUAUAUGUUUAUUACAUUUAAAGCCCACGAACUACAUUUUUAAUAGGAAAGUAACCUUUUGCCUCUCAGUUUGGAAAGUCUAACCGCUGCUGCAGUGAGUACAGGAAUGGUAUACUGUCAGCAAGUACAAAGAGCCUUUAGGAUAUGCUGAAAGGAAUGUCUACCCUUAUGGAAGGGUGGAUCAGUCCAUCCAUAUAGCACACACAAUUUUGCCCACUUAUGAUGCCACCUUAAGGAGAAAUCAAGAUGCAAAGGAAAUCUCGCUUAGUUGCCCAUAGCAUCCAAUCAGAUUGAGUCUUUCAUUUUUCCGAAGGGGAGGUGAAAAAUGAAAGGUUUUCCUUUACAAUAGUUUUGAUAAAUUUCCCCCCAAAUACAUAAAACAUGAAGUAGCUUGGCACCUUCUUUACUGUUUUUGAGCUAUUUGUAGUUUUCUUCUCCAGAUUCACCCCCAAAGUUGAAGUGACGUAUUGGCUGGUUCCUGCAGAAGACACUCAUGUAACCUAACAGCUCCCACAAAAAAUUAUACAAUUUAAAGUAAAAAAAAUUUCUGGCAAUUUUUUUUUCUUUAAAUGGCUCAGAACAUUGUAAAGUAGUAACUUACGCCUUACUGGGUCCCCCACCAGUCUGCUUCCUGGUCCCUUUUGACACAUAGGAAAUGAUCGCUCAGCCAUUCAUUGGCUGAAGUGAAUCACUGGCAGGGGACCAGGAAGCACAGGAAAAAAAUAAUUUCCUGGACAGCCCCUUUAAAAUCAGUACACGAUAAGUAAAGCAAAAAAUGUACUAAGAUAUUACACAUUUUAUGCAGAUUGAGCUGUGGAAUCUUGUAACUAUGUUGAGCAAGAAGGUGUUUUCCUUUAAUAUUCAAAGGAUAUUAUAGUUAUGGUUUCAUUUUACUUAUUUUGGGCUAAAAAUAUAUAUUUUUUCAAUUGGUAUUUAUUAAAAAAUUUCAGCCGUUUUUGUGGUACAUGGGGUUAAAAAUCAGUUUAUUUGCAGACUGUCUCUCCUGAGUUCCGUCAGCUGAUGGCUCAUGUGAAGCCUCAUCUCCUGACCUCCUAAACACACAUUUAAGCCAUAUUCUUAUCAGCUUGAUAAGAGUUCAGCUAUAAUGAGUGUUUAUGAGGUAUUGAAAUCAGGGAUAAGGCUUCACAUGUGCCAUCAGCUAACGGAACACAGACUGAUUUUUAACCCCAUGUAUCACAAAAACUGUAGUUUCUUAAUUACAUACCAAUUGAAAAAAUGCUUUUUAGCCCAAAGUGGGUAAAAUGCAAUCAUGAAAAAUUGCCUCAUGGUGUCCAUAACCUUUAGCAGCCUGCGUAUAGAAGCUCCUUUCCAUUUGGCUCUAGCCACAACAUAUCCAUCACCUAAUGAUUCAUGUCAUGAUCACACCUCAGCCUUACACUUCCAAACAGUUAAAACUUAGCCAAAAACUGUCUUUUUUUUAAAUUCUUUUUGUUACUGCAAAUUUUAUUAUUUAUUUGUAUAUUUCAACUUGUAUUGUUAUUGAUUUAAUUUAUAUCUGUAAAUAAUUUUGAGGGAGGGGGAAGUAUUAACAGUGUGGAUUUUGGGAUACAGUAUGUUUAAGGUUAUAAAAAAAAAAUAAUACUAAUUUUCGGUUUUGAUGUAUUAUAUGUAUCAUUAUUCUCCACAAAGAUUAUAACCGCUCUGGUCAAAGAGGGAAGAAGUUGUAGUAGUAGAUUUUAUAGACAACUCAAAUACAUCUUAAUACAGAAUCUGGAAAUGUGAUAUUGUAUGUCUUACCACAUUUCUUUAGCUGCUUUCUCUAAGGCUGUACCUGACGUCUAUGAAUGGAUGGAAUGACGGAAACCCCAAGACGUUGCAUUAUUAGUAGAUAUGAGGUGUAAUGCGUGUUCUUAAAGGCUAUAAACACCUUUGGGGGCAAUUUUAUUUUAUUAUUGCAUUCUACUCAUUUUGAGCUAAGGAUAAUUUUUUAAAUUGGUCUUUAUUAAAAAUAUGACGUCCUUUUUUCUGUACAGAGCUGAUAUGCUCUAGCAGCACCCUUUGGAUUUUCCGUCAGACCAGGAGCUGACAGACUCCUUAUCUCUGAUCCCUGUGACCUUAAAAACACUCAUUUUAGCUCAGUUCCUAUCUCACUGAUAACAAUGUGGCUUGAAUAAGUGUUUAUGAUCUCUUAGUAGUUUAGAGAUGAAGUUUAUUAAAUGACCUGCAAGUGAAAGUACCAGUCACACAGCUAGAAAAACAGUUAAUGCUUUGUGACAGAACAGCUCAAUAUUUUUUUUAAUAAAGACCAAUUGAAAAAAAGUUUUUUAGCCAAAAAUGAGUAACAUGCAAUCAUUAAAAAUAAAAUUGCCUUUAAUUCAAUGUAGGAGUACUCUUUUCCAUAAGCACAGAAGCCACAUAGAUUUGACUAAGAGUAACAAUCACAAGGCUAACAGAACUAGAAGGAAGUAGAGCACAGAGAAGAGCUUAUCUAUUUUGUAGUCCCUGUGACUGGGUGACUAAAGCUAGGUUUCUAUUGCCUCGAUAAUGGCCGAUUUUCCUGUUACAAGAGAAAUAUUUAGCAGGAUUUUGCAAGACAGGAAAUUCACAAGCACAUAUUAGUUUUAUUAUUUGGCCAGACAGUUUAAUAUUUAACACAUCUGGAGCCUAUAAGUGAUGUAUAUACCAUAGGACAAGCAUUCUCUAUUAUUUUUUAUAAUGUAUACAUUUGGUGUAUAUAGCUUUAAGUCAGUUUAAAGGGUUUUUACAUCACUAUUUCUUUACAACAUAAUUAGGUAGUGUUUUUUUUUCUACGAGGCUCUUUUGUAAUAUUCAUUUUUUGUAAGAAUUGCUUUUUGUAAUGAACUUACAAUCUGAACUUUUGUAAUGUUUUAGUUUGUAUCUUCACCACCUGUGCUGUUUGUCAUUCACUGUAGAGAACGCUAGUUCAUUAUUCAGCAGAGACUAGUGAGGCACAAGGCAUAGAAUGGCUCUCAAUAAGCCUGCAAAAAAUGCUGCCUCUUCUGAGGGUUCAGAAGAUUUUAAUGACUAAAAUACUAACCGACUAUAAAGCAAUGCUUAUAAUGUAUGCAUUAUAAAUUGCCAUAGCGCCAGGUAUUUGCAGAUCUGAAAUACAUGGUGUGUAUUGUCAGAAUAAAAGGGGCCAUGCAAUGCUCAUCUUGAUCUUGUGUGCCAUUUAUCUUUUUUCCUUGUGAUGCUAAAGGAGUUUAAAGGGAAUUCAAUGCUGAAGGCAAGUCCUCUGGAUAGGUCAUCAGUAUCUGAUCGGUGGGGGUCUGACAAGAACAGGUUUCAGCUGCUUUCACAUCCGACCCAAUUUCUAACGGCUGUAUCUCCUGAUGUAGAGCUAAUACUGUGAUCCUGGUCUUGUUUGAAAGCUUAGAUUGGCCCAUAUCUCUAGCUUCCACAGCUACCGAGAUAUGAAGGGUUAAAGCAGCCUUCUCACUCCUUAAUUUUGUAAAUUAUGUCAACCAGCCUGGAGGAGAAGAUUGAGGCACUGGGGAAGCUGAUAGCCUGAGUUAGAGAGACAAAACAUCCUGUCUUAUGACCCCAGGAAGAAGGUAACAUGACCAUGUUAUCCAUCCCCCUCUCUUUCAUCAGUCAGACCGCAUACUUGCUCUCUGUCACGUAUUGGGGUCUUUUUAUUUUUUUCCAAGAAAGGAGUGAGCACUUGCUCUGCACCAAAUUAGGCGAUUUAUUGACGUCAUGAUCCAAACAGUUUAUCAGAGUCCAGAUUACUGUGUCAGACAGUCCCUCCCCAGUAUAAGUGAACGGAGGCCGCUGAUGGAUGGGAUCCUCGGUUCAGCAGCCAUGUUUCUAGUGCAGCUCCGCCACACAGGUCCAAGGACCUCCAUGUUAACAUGAGUUAUUCAUAUUAACCUAUUGGACAUCAACGCCGAUAGUUUAAUAAUGCAGCACAUGUGCAGCUAGUAAUAUAAACUGGCCGAUCCCUUUAAGGCUAAAAUUAAAUCUAAGGGGUUAAAAUGCACUUCACUACUUAUGAGCCAACUAUAUUUACUUAUGAAUUCAAAAUCUUUAAUAAAAGUGUGACAUUUUUUGGGAAGGUUUUAAUGUGAUUGUUUGGGGGGGGGGGGCGUUAAAGGAAUAUGUAUUUUUAUUAUGCACCCUAUUUACAACUCUGAGGGCAUCUAUGAGGCACCUCAUUCACUUCUAUAGGGAGAUCAGUGAAGGAGCACGCUGUCCAUGCGUCACACAAUAUGGGGGCCAGGUGCAUGAGGCUUGCCUAUCACUUAAUCUCUGCCCUCGUAGCGUUCAAAAAAUGAUUCAGAAGUCUGCAAUUUAUUGCUUUUAAUUAACAUUUUGCAACAAUUGGGACAAUAUUCCAUCUGGAAAUUCAUGAACUGAACCUUUUGAGUAUAUGGUCUAAAGACGAAUAUUCAUUUUUCAUGGGGACACUUGAUUUUGGCAACCUUUAACACUUAGUAAUUGGCAACAGGCGUUUAGCAGAGUUUUUGUUUUGUUUUUACUUUUUUUUACUUCAGAUUUUUUUAUUUGAUUUAUUGCAUAGACAAAUUAUAAAUUACAGUUUUUAAUUACAGCCUCUUACAGGGCAAUUAAAGCACAAACACAAGUUACUAAUACAUAAAAAAAAAAGGUAUUAAUCAUUGUUAUGCUGUAAGGUACAGCAUAACAAUAGAUGUAAAAAUUUCCAUAUGUGGCGUGUUUCACAUUGAAUUAUACCUUUAUUUUUUUUAUGUUGUUGCUAUAGUUCUGUAUCGAACAUUCACCAGCUGGUGUUUUAGGCUUUUUUACCCUGUAAUGCGAUUAUCUAGGUUUCCGGGUACAGUGGCACUUUUGAGCAGUUAUUACACAUCAGUGUUCUAUAAUAUUUUAAUAUAUCUGUAAUAUAACCAAACCUUAAUUCAUUAUAUGCAGUUCCUGCCAUGAAUGUAUUAUAUUUUAUUGAUUUUCAUAUUAGUUUUUUUUUUUCCAAAAAUUAUUAUUAUGAUUUUAUUGGAGGGGGGGGCUUAUUGCAAUAGACAGACAGGUGCUGAGUACCCGGUCCAACAUUUAAGUAGUCUCUGUAAAUAGUUUCAUUUUAUGGGACAUAUUUAAUUUUUCAAAUGCAUAUUUUAUUUAAAUAUUACGACGUGUCUACUUGUUAUUAAAGUGGAUUCAACUGAUUAUUGUAUUUUAUUCUAUUCUCUAAACAUUUCAGUACACUGUAUUAAUAUGGACUUGCACUUGCGUUUUGAGUGCAUAUACAGUUCUGUGCACUAUUAAUAAAGUUAAU